AUGUCCUCUUCAGAGUCAGAAGAUUUAACGCCAGUAGGGUUUGAUCCACAAGCUUUUAGAAAACAACGAGAGAAGAAAAUAGGAAGAAAAGCUGUGGUGAUGUCACAGCAAAAAACUCAUCAGCAGCAAUCAAAUCUUCCAGAACAACUUCAAUAUAUAAACUUAUUAAAGAGAGCCAUGGAGAUUUUGAAUAAAAACAAAAAAGAUUCAUUUCAAGACUCCAAAAUGAAGCUACCUUUAGAAGUUAAGAGAGAAUCAUCAACCAAAACAUCCAUGAAUCUCGUGGAAAUUAGCAAGUUGUUAAAGAGAGAUGAGGAUCAUUUGAUGAAAUUUAUUUUAAAUGAGCUAUCUACUACUGGAUCAAUCAAUCAGGAAGGUAAAUUGCUGAUGAAAGGAUUGUUUUUGAAAGCUCAGGUUCAAGAUGUUUUGAGGAUGUAUGUUGAACAUUUUGUAGUGUGCAAAGGAUGUGAGAAUGUGGAUGAGACUAUAAUAGUCAAAGAAAACAAGUUAUAUUUUUAA